AUGUCAAUCAUGACAAGUCUAGCUCCUCUUCUUGCUGGUAUUCACUAUUGGGCUUUCUUCUUUAGUCGAACGAUUCAAGGAAUUUCUGGGGGUUUUUUCUUUUCGGCUGGAUGUGCUCUGGCAAGUCGAUGGUUUCCGGCAAAUGAAAAGUCCACCUUGGCAGCGAUUUAUGGAAGUGGCAGUGGGGUAACCUCACCAUGUCGUCCAAGAGGAAGAAAAACGAUAGUUCGGACGAAGAAAGUGAUGAAGUCGAUUGGCAGAAGAGGUAUC